AGGGGAAUUGGCAGCAGCAGCAGCAGCUAUGGGUAAAGUUUGAGCAGUGAGCGCUGCUCUCCUUGUGGUGAUCGCUCCCUUUGUGUGUGUCCGUGUCACCCGCUCUCCCGGGGGAUCUGUCAUCAGGCAGCUGCUCUGUGCACUCUCAUCACCCAGCACUCACUCUCAGCAGCAGCAGCAGCAGCAGCAGCAGCACAGCCCGGAGUCCUCCUGCCUGCACCAUGCCGGCGCUCGCCGCUGCAAACUCUGCGCUGUGACCAGACGUGUGUAGCCGGGCGCACAGAGAGGAGGAGCAGCCGCUGAGAACCCCUCUCACCCUACACGGAGCACAUAGAAAGUGCGGGGAGAGAGAGAGAGCGCUCCUUGUUCUGUCCAGAGUGGUCCCUGCAUGGAUGUGACCGUGGGCACGGGGAACAUGCUCGGGGUGGCUCGGAGGGAGCCGUGCCAGUCUAUCGCCCUGCCAGGGAUGCUGAAGGGCAGGCUCCGGAGGAGCAGGACCCGCAGGAAAAGGAAGGAGCUGCUGCUGGGACAGAUGUGCUUCAUGGGGUGCCUCAUGCUGGUUGGCUCAUCUUUCUACCACUGGGCUGGAAAAUCGGGUUAUGAAGAACACAGCUCUGUAGAGAGUGACCAGAGAAAAGUAUUAGAUGUCAAUGCCAAUGGUAAUGUGCGAGGGUUACUUUGGACAAAUCAGGAAAAUUUCACUGAAAUUCAAGGUGAACACACAUAUCGCAAGAAUUGCACCGAGCCAGCGCUUCAUGAAUUUCCUAGUGACAUCUUCUCAAACGAGGCCCGACGCCAUGGUGCAAUCAGUCUGCAUGUCGCAUGUGCAAUGUACAUGUUCUACGCUCUCGCUAUUGUCUGUGAUGACUUCUUCGUCCCGUCCUUGGAAAAGAUUUCUGAAAGGUUGCAGCUCAGUGAAGACGUGGCAGGAGCUACCUUCAUGGCCGCCGGCAGUUCUGCUCCAGAGCUGUUUACAUCGGUGAUAGGAGUAUUCAUCACAAAGGGAGACGUGGGAGUUGGAACGAUCGUGGGCUCAGCUGUAUUCAACAUCCUGUGUAUAAUUGGAGUCUGUGGCCUGUUUGCAGGACAUGUGGUUGUCCUGUCAUCUUGGUGUUUAUUAAGAGAUGCCACCUACUACACACUGUCUGUCAUUGCUCUCAUUGUGUUCAUAUACGAUGAAAAAGUUGCCUGGUGGGAGUCAUUGAUAUUGGUCUUGAUGUAUGCCGUUUACAUUCUCAUAAUGAAGUACAACUCCACUAUACACCGGUGCUUUGAAAAGAGGACAAAAGGAGCAGGAAACUUGGCAAAUGGACUAGCAAGUAAUGCAGAGUUAGAUGACAACAUAAACUGUGACGCAACAGUGGUGUUACUCAAAAAAGGAAAUUUUCGGCGCAAAACCUCCGUGAUAAUGGUGGAUGAGAUACUGUCUGCAUACCCACAUCAGCUGUCAUUUUCUGAGGCUGGACUGAGAAUAAUGAUAACCAGCCACUUUCCACCAAAAACACGCCUCUCCAUGGCCAGUCGCAUGUUGAUAAAUGAGAGGCAGAGAUUAAUAAACAGCCGAGCCUAUGCAAAUGGAGAGUCUGAGGUAUCUAUAAAAAUUCCAAUUAAACAUGCUGUUGAGAAUGGAACUGGUCCCGGGAAUUCCUCAGAAAGAAGCGCAAAUGGCACCAGAAAGGAUGAUGAUGUAGCUGAAGCCGGCAAUGAGACAGAAAAUGAAAAUGAGGACAAUGAGAAUAAUGAGAAUGAUGAGGAGGAUGAAGAAGAGGAUGAUGAUAAUGAUGGACCUUACACACCUUUCGACAUCCCCUCUGGGAUAGCGGAGAAGGCGAAAUGGAUGGUAACCUGGCCACUGUGUUUCCUUAUGUAUUUCACGGUACCCAACUGUGCUAAGCCACGCUGGGAGAAAUGGUUCAUGGUUACGUUUGUCUCGUCAUCCAUCUGGAUUGCAGCUUACUCUUAUGUGAUGGUCUGGAUGGUCACUAUAAUUGGGUUUACUUUAGGAAUUCCAGAUGUAAUUAUGGGCAUCACCUUCCUGGCUGCUGGAACGAGCGUACCAGAUUGUAUGGCCAGCCUGAUAGUAGCACGGCAAGGGAUGGGAGACAUGGCCGUAUCAAACUCCAUCGGGAGCAAUGUAUUUGACAUUCUCAUUGGGCUUGGACUCCCUUGGGCAUUACAAACGCUGGCAGUGGACUAUGGGUCAUAUAUCCAGCUAAACAGCAGGGGCCUCAUAUACUCUGUGGCUUUGCUUCUGGCUUCCUUGUUUGUUACGGUCUGUGGUGUUCACCUAAACAAGUGGAAACUGGACAAGAAGCUGGGGGUGACCUGCCUUUUCCUGUAUGGCAUCUUCCUCUGUAUUUCCAUCCUUACAGAAUUCAAUGUUUUCACGUUUGUGAACUUGCCCAUGUGCAGAGGCGGCAUCUGAUCCAUCGUGCAGACAUGUCAGAGAGACUUCAUCCUACUUUUUGGUGCAAUACAAAGACAAGACCCUCGUUAGGAAGCAAAGGCACACCCGGAGGUCGUUAUGUCCUGGUCUCUGUUCAGGGGAAUUUCUGACUUCCUAAUUUUCUCCCUUCUAUUACAUUGGGGAAAAUUCCUCCAGUUUUUUGUUUCUACUGUUCGAGAUUCAUAAUUUGUCCUAUUAAACAGUGACCAGGGUUUUAGGUUAAAGGCUGCUAACUGGCCCAGAGCCAGCCCAAAUCAUGUCUGCUACAAAUCCUUCUUUAUUAAGUUAUUUGGUGGAGGACUAAUGUAAUUUAUGACUUGAGAUUGCAGAAGAAUGGAAACGAUUCAUUACCAGGGAUCAAUUAUGAUGAAUAUCAAGGGAUCAUAUAGCUGAAAUCCUUGUUCACAUGGAGAAAAAUAAAAACCCUUGGAUGAGCCCGACGGACUACGAUGCACAUCUAAAAGGACACAGGCUGACAUAGGAACUUUUGAAAGGAAUAGAUCACAUUCUUAUUUUAUGCUACAGACAGAACAUUGGAAAGAAAUUUUUAUACAAUGAACAAAUCUCUUUCUUAAAUUAAAGUAGAUAAAGGGUAGAUUUUCAGAGACAGUACCAAACUGUUCUCUGUGUCACUGAUGUAGUCAUGUGACACGACAUUGGCUUCAGAGUGUAUUGGCUUGUGUACUUUGUGUUGGAGGGUGCUCAGCAAUGGUAUUCAAUGCAAUAGGGUAAUCAUUCAGUCCUAUAAUGGUUCAUUCUUAACCCACAGGUUAAAUGGUUACAGCUGAAGGUACUUUGGUGUCUCCUCUAGCUAAAUUGGAAUUUGCCUGGUACAGUAUUUUUGUAUACAUAGUUACAUAGUAGGCGCUGAUCUCUAUGUAAACAAAAGUCGUAUAUAAUUCAGUUAUGGACACUGGUUUCUUUAAAAAAAAGGCAUAUUUUGCACAAAUGCUUUUCAAUGACAAUACAACAUAAAUAAUUCUGAAGUGUACACUGGAUGUGGAGAUAAUGUAUUUACAGUUUAAUCAAAAGACCUCAUAAUAUGGGAUCAACCAAGUCAAUGAGUAUACAUCCAAAAGUCAGUCCCAAGACCAGCCAUGUUUUGUAGAGUAAAACGUUAAUUUAUUAUGCAUGUACAUGUACAGAGAGCAAAACUAUAUGAGGAAAACUAGGACUAGUUUCUAUGAGUCAUGAAAGCUGACAGUAAUUCAGGGAUUUAGUGAAGGACAUACGCACAGCAAUGCUUAUUUUUGUAAACAUAUAAAAUAUAUAUACACAUCUAAUUCAUUGUAGUGCAUUGUCCUGCAUAACUAAUAUAGCAACUGAAACAAAGUUUAUUGAUACGAAAAAUUAUACUUUUUAUUAAAGCAACACUCUUAAGAAAUUCUUCCAGUACCCCUUAUCAUUCCUUCAAUCAACUAAACUGAAUGUUUCAUUGUACAUAGCGAAUAUUGAUGUCACUGUGCAUUUAGAGUAAUUUACUGUUCUUCCUUCAGAAAGGAAAUAUCUAGCAUAAAUUCUAGGGCUCCUAAACCUGCAAUGCAUGAAUGUUUUGUGACAUUGCCCUUCAAUUUAUCAAAAUUUCAAGUAGCUAUUGGACGAUAGACCUGACUUACAUGCUUUGGUCCCAUGAGGUAGGGGAUAGCAGGUACGAAGUGCAUAACUACACGGAUCAGUAUCUUUCUAUUGGUCUACACAGUCACACUGCCCCCAGGUUGUGCACACCCCGCGGGCUGUUUGCCAAAGCUCCAUGCGCCUGGGGAAUGGCCCUAUGAAAUAUCUCUAUAGGGGGGCCAAGAGGUUCAGCUGCACUGUAAUGGUCGCCAUUGUCUGGUAUGGGGUGACUGAAAUAUUCAGUUGUCUACUUUCUAUAACAGUAAUAGACCUGUCUACAUGUAAAAACCACUUGGCAUUGUCUUGUUACAUCAGUGGAUAAACUGUGGUAUUUUAACUAAAGUUAUUACAUUUAUCAGUAUUGGCACAUCACCAAAAGAGUUAAAUAAUGACUUUACCACUUAUCUUUAGUUUUUUGGUACAUUCUGGUUGUAAUAAACCAAUUGUCUGACAGCUGAAACUUGAAAGCCAGCCAUUUUGUAACUACAUGGCAUGGCAAUAAGGAGAUGCAACUUUCUGAUUCCAUCUACUGUCUACUUUCCCAUCUUCAAGCAAUGCUGCGAUGUGCUGUAAACAUUCAUUAUUUGCAGUCAGUAAUCUGUUUCUUUAUUUUAUUCGCCUCAUUCAUCUUUUGUGUUUUGCGUGAAACAAUGGCUAAUUUAGUCCAUCCAAAAUAAAAUAAAAGUCAUGCAUUAUGUUGAACUGUAAUUAAGGAACAUGUGUAUUGCUGUAUUAUUAAUGAACUGUGAGUUGAAGCAGCAGUAUUAGACAUAACAAAUGACAAUUUUGGGCUCCUGCUACACGUCACACUGGAUACCUGAAGUUAACACAAGUGUUUGUGUGUUGUUAAUGUGUCUAUAGAUAGCAUUGCUACUUCGGUGGAAGAUGUCACAUUGUCUAUUCAUUUUAAGCCUAGAUGAAAGAAUUAAAACCAGUAGUGUCCAAAAAAGUUGAAAGGAUUUUUAUCAUUGCAAAUAUAAUUUAUUUCUAAUGGGCAUAGUAUUUAAAUGCACAUUUAUAUAUAGGCAGCUGCAUAUGUGUGUCUGAAUGGCUGCUGUUUUUACUGGUUGGUGUAAGAGUGUGUAGGCAUUUAACGGGAGAGAGCUCCUGAUUGCUACAAAUACAAAGCACAGCUGCUGCAGUACCACCUCUUACCUGCAGGGCACCUACAGUCUUAUCGGACCAGAGAUGUAAAUACUGUGGUAUUCAGGUGUUUGCAUUUUUAUUAUUAUUUAUAUAUGAGAACUAUAUUGCAACAGUAUUUGCAUAAUAAAACUGGUAAGAGGCAUGUGCAAAUAAUUGUUAUAUUUUUUGUCUGUUAGUACUAGUUAUACACAUCACUCAGUGUGAGGUUCAGUAAACAAACAUGGAUUAUAUUGUCCUAAAAAGCUACAUAGAGAUUCAUCAUUAACUUAGAAUGGUGCAUUGUUGAGUCAAAUUGUUUCAAAUCCUUUAGAUUGGGAACUUUGUUUAUUUUGCAAUAAUUCUAUAGAUAAAAAAUAUAUUUGACUAGAAACAUAAAAUGAUUGUAGCAAAUGAAACCACACCUUGUAUAAGACCAAAUACCAUCCAAACCUCCUCCAAUCACAAUCAUGUCUCAUAAAAACCACACCCAGUUUGGAUGAAACCAAACCUCUUCCCUGAUAAGCCACACCCCUUUUCACUGCAGAAAAAUGAAACAUUCUGUAUUGUUGGUUGGUAACUGCUAUGAACAUUUGACAUUUUAUGUUUGCGUAGGCAAGAUGGAAAUAAUAUUAUUAGGAAGAUAAUUGUUUAAAUGUUCUUUACACAUUAAGUGAUAGUUGAAAGAAAAUAAAGUACUAAAAACAGUAGGAGGUUUGGAUGAUAUAUGAAUUGGAAAUUGCAAAUAACUAACGCUGGGUACACACCGAGUAAUAAAUUGCGAGCCCGUCGGCAGGUGUAUACCCCCUAUAAGUCUGUGAACUAUGUAGUUCACAGACAUAUGUUGGCCCCCCUGCUGCACAGCCGUGUGUAUCUGGCUGUGUGUAUGGACAGUCUGCCGACCACCUGUACACUUGCUGCAUGGACCGCCAGUGACUGACGUCUCAACUGGGCGGGCACAUUGAAAUGCCCACCCAGUUGUGAUAUAAGGCAGACAUUUGGUAAAUGUGUAUGCAGAUAGGCCAGCAGAUCAGCCAGGUAUGUACCCAGCUUAAUGGUUGUGGUGGUCAGGCAGUGAUAGUUUAGAUGUGGUCUUACCCAAAAGUGUCAUAAUUCCUCUGCUUGUACUUGUAGGUAGUUCAGUUAGGUUACUUGCAAUUUCCCAUUCAUAUUUCUCCCAUGAUCUCCACCCAACCAACCAUGAAACGCAUUGGAUCCAUGUUCUAAGUGUACUAUAUAAUGGGUGGUAGGACGCCCCUACACAUUCAUGUCCCAGAUACGGCACUCCAUUAUUUUCUAUAUAAGGAUAUAUACCGUUUUAAUUUGGUUGCAUAAAUACAGGGUUUGCAAAAGUAUUCAACCCAAUAAAAAGACAACAGAUUUGUCUGUAUUACAAAGGACACCUACAAAGAUUAUUCAAAACACUAUUUUUUCUGGUAACCUGUAUCCUCCUAAAGUACAUUUUCAAACUUGUGUCUCAUUAUUAUUUGUCUGCAGAUUUUUUUUUUUAAUAAAAAAAAAACAAAAAUGCUGCUUACACAACUAUAUUACUUACAGUGAAAAAGAUAAAUACACAGAUCCACCUUAGCCAGAAACCCUGUUGCUAGUCACUUACCUGUGUUUCCAUUUAAAGUUAACAAUUCAAAACUUGAGAUUUCCUGUAACUAUAUAACGCAUUGCUGUGAAAUUCACGAUGUAAGGAUAUAAUUGUAAAUGUAAUAUUUAUACUCCGUUUGGUUUAUCCUGUUUUGUAAAUGUUUGCCGUUUUGCUUUACUCUAAACAUAAGCAAUAAUGUGCCCUAGGUUUUUACUUUUUCUUAUUAGAAAUAAGUAUUAGUGAUUGUACAUAUUUGCCCUUAUGUGAUAAGGUUCAAAUAAGCUAAAGUUUAAAUAGACAAAGUAUAUUUCAGCUAAAGCUCUAGUGUGGGAAAUGAUAAUAUAUUCCUUGUUUAUGUCCAACUUUUUCAGACUACAGUAUGUUUAUUAGUACUGAAAUCUUAUUCCUUGAAUGUUUCUAUUGCUAAAUACUGUAUGGAGCAGUGUGAUUAAAUCCGCCCAGUGUUUGCCUCCUUAAAAAUCUGUUUUAACAACA